AUGCUGGAGGAGUUCUGCAACUCCACCUUCUGGAACUCCUCGUUCCUGGACAGUCCGGAGGCAGACCUGCCCCUUUGUUUUGAACAGACUGUUCUGGUGUGGAUUCCUUUGGGCUUCCUCUGGCUCCUGGCUCCUUGGCAGCUCUUCUGGGUAUACAGAUCCAGGACAAAGAGAUCUCCUAUCACCAAGCUCUACCUGGUCAAGCAAGUGCUGGUUGGAAUUCUGCUCAUUCUUGCUGCCGUAGAGCUGGCCCUUGUGCUCACAGAAGAUUCUGGACAAGCCACACACCCUGCUAUAAAAUAUACCAACCCGAGCCUGUACCUCGGCACCUGGCUCCUGGUAUUGCUCAUCCAGCAUAGCAGGCGAUGGUGUGUGCAGAAGGACUCUUGGUUCCUGUCUAUGUUUUGGAUUCUCUCCAUCCUCUGUGGCACAUUUCAAUUUCAGACUCUGAUCCGGGCACUCCUCAAGGACAGCAGUUCAAAUCUGGUCUACUCCUGCCUGUUCUUCAUUUGCUAUGCCUGCCAGCUCCUGAUCCUGUUCCUUUCAACGUUUUCAGAAAAGAGUGACUCAGAAAAUAAUCCAUCAUCCACUGCCUCGUUUCUGAGUAAUAUUACCUUUAGCUGGUAUGACAGCGUAGUCCUGAAGGGCUACAAGCGACCUCUGACUCUUGAAGACAUCUGGGAUGUGGAUGAUGAGAUUAAGACCAAGGCACUCGUCAGCAAGUUUGAAACAUAUGUGGCAAGAGAGCUGCCGAAGGCCAGGCGAGCCCUGCAGAGACGCCAGCGGAAGCGCCCCCAGCAGAACGCCCUGGACCGGAACCAGAGUCAAAGCCAAGACAUCCUUGUCCUGGAAGAAGCUAAAAAGAAAAAGAAGAAGGCUUCUGGGAGCAAAGAAGAUUAUCCCAAGUCCUGGCUCAUCAAGGCUCUCUUCAAAACGUUCCAAAUGACACUCCUUAAGUCCUUCAUGCUGAAGCUCGUACACGACCUGCUCAUGUUUCUGAAUCCUCAGCUGCUCAAGUGGCUGAUCUCCUUUGCAAGCGACCCUGCCGCGUACAGCUGGAUAGGCUAUCUCUAUUCCAUCUUCUUCUUCGCCGUGGCCCUCAUCCAGUCUCUCUGCCUUCAGAAAUACUUUCAACUGUGCUUCAUGCUGGGUAUGAACGUGAGGACAACUAUCUUGGCUUCUGUCUAUAAGAAGGCACUGACCCUAUCCAACCAGGCCAGGAAGCAGUACACCGUUGGAGAGACUGUGAAUCUGAUGUCUGUAGAUGCUCAGAAACUCAUGGACGUGACCAGCUUCCUCCAUCUGCUGUGGUCAAAUGUUCUGCAGAUUGUCUUAUCCAUCUUCUUUCUAUGGAGAGAGUUGGGACCUUCUGUCUUAGCAGGUGUGGGCGUGAUGGUGCUCCUGAUCCCAAUUAAUGGGAUACUCGUGACCAAGAAUCGGACUAUUCAGGUAAGCAACAUGGAGAAUAAAGACAAACGUUUGAAGAUCAUGAACGAGGUGCUCAACGGAAUCAAGAUCCUGAAAUAUUUUGCCUGGGAACCUUCGUUCAAAAGCCAAGUGCACAAUCUUCGGAAGAAAGAGCUCAAGAACCUACGGUUAUAUGGGCAGCUGCAGUCUGUCAUGGUCUUCCUCCUCUACCUCACCCCUGUCCUGGUGUCUGUGAUCACGUUUUCCGUCUACGUCCUGGUAGACAGCAAUAAUGUUUUGGACGCGGAGAAGGCCUUCACUUCCAUCACGCUCUUCAACAUCCUGCGCUUCCCACUCAGCAUGCUGCCCAUGGUGGUCUCCUCCAUGCUCCAGGCCAGUGUCUCCACGGAUCGGCUGGAGAAGUACUUGGGAGGGGACGACCUGGACACCUCGGCCAUCCGACAGGACAGCAGUUCCGACAAAGCCGUGCAGUUCUCCGAGGCCUCUUUUUCCUGGGGCCCGGAUAUGGAAGCCACCAUCCGAGAUGUGAAUCUGGACAUUAUGCCAGGGACACUAGUGGCUGUGGUGGGCUCUGUUGGCUCUGGGAAAUCCUCCUUGAUGUCAGCCCUGCUGGGAGAAAUGGAACACGUCCACGGACACAUCACCGUCAAGGGCACCACCGCCUAUGUGCCCCAGCAGUCCUGGAUCCAGAAUGGCACCAUCAAGGACAACAUCCUUUUUGGCUCAGAGUUAGAAGAAAAGAAGUACCAGCAAGUUCUGGCGGCCUGUGCCCUUCUCCCUGACUUGGAAAUGCUGCCUGGAGGAGACAUGGCUGAGAUUGGAGAAAAGGGUAUCAAUCUCAGUGGAGGUCAGAAGCAGCGGAUCAGCCUGGCCAGGGCCGCCUACCAGAACUCAGACAUCUACAUUCUGGAUGACCCCCUGUCUGCUGUGGACGCUCAUGUGGGGAAACACAUUUUCAAUAAAGUCUUGGGUCCCCAUGGCCUGCUGAAAGACAAGACUCGCAUCUUGGUUACACAUAGCAUUCACUUUCUUCCCCAAGUGGAUGAGAUUGUUGUCCUGGGAAGUGGCACCAUCCAGGAGAAGGGGUCCUACAGCGCACUAUUGGCCAAGAAAGGACUGUUUGCUAAGAACCUGAAGACUUUUGCCAAGCAGACAGGACCAGAGGGAGAGGCUACAGUCAAUGAAGACACUGAGGAAGAAGAUGAGUCCGCCCUCAUGCCCAGUAUGGAGGAAAUCCCUGAAGACGCGGCCUCCUUGACCAUGAAGAGAGAGAACAGCCUUCGGAGAACACUCAGUCGCAGUUCUAGGUCCAACAACAGGCAGCGGAAAUCCCUAAAGGAUUCUUUGAAAGCUCGGAAUGGGACUCCUCUGAAGCAAGAGGAGAAGCUAGUGAAAGGACAAAAGCUCAUUGAGAAAGAAUUCAUGGAAACCGGCAAGGUGAAAUUUAUCAACUACCUGAAAUACCUCCAAGCCAUUGGAGGGGGCUUCAUAUUCUUCAUCGUCUUCUCCUAUGUAUUAAACUCUGUGGCUUUCAUUGGAUCCAACCUCUGGCUCAGUGCUUGGACGGGAGACUCUAAACUCUUCAAUAGCACCAACUAUCCAGCUUCUCAGAGGGACUUGAGAGUUGGCGUCUAUGGAGCUCUAGGAGUAACACAAGGCCUGUUUGUGCUCAUGGCGAAUUUAUUGUGUGCCCACGGCACCAUCUAUGCAUCCAACACCCUCCACAGGCAACUGCUGGACAAUAUCCUGCGUGCACCCAUGAGUUUUUUUGACACAACACCCAUAGGUCGGAUUGUGAACAGGUUCGCAGGGGACAUUACCACCCUGGACGACGUCCUCCCGACGUCCCUGCGCAGCUGGAUCUUGUGCUUCCUGGGCAUCAUCAGCACCCUGGUCAUGAUCUGUUUGGCAGCACCAACCUUUGUCAUCGUCGUCAUUCCUCUGAGCAUCAUUUAUGUGUUUAUUCAGAUCGUCUACGUGACGACCUCCCGCCAGCUGCGACGCCUGGACUCGGUCACCAGGUCCCCCAUCUACUCCCACUUCAGCGAGACGGUGUCGGGGCUGUCUGUGAUCCGGGCCUUUGAGCACCAGCAGCGGUUCCUGCAGCACAAUGAGAGGGGGAUCGACACCAACCAGAAAUGCGUCUUCUCCUGGAUCAUCUCCAACAGGUGGCUCGCAGUCCGUCUGGAGCUGGUUGGGAACAUGAUCGUCUUCUUCGCAUCCUUGCUGAUGGUGAUCUACAGAGAAACGCUGAAUGGGGACACCGUGGGCUUCGUUCUGUCCAACGCCCUCAACAUCACUCAAACCCUGAACUGGCUCGUGAGGAUGACCUCAGAAGUGGAAACCAACAUAGUGGCCGUGGAGAGAAUCAAUGAGUACAUACAAGUGCCAAGCGAGGCUCCCUGGGUGACAGAGAAGAGGCCCCCAGGAGGGUGGCCCAGCAAAGGGGAGAUUCGCUUCAGCAACUACCAAGUACGGUACAGGCCUGAGCUGGAUCUGGUGCUGAAAGGGAUCACGUGUGACAUCAAGAGCACAGAGAAGAUUGGUGUGGUGGGCAGGACAGGAGCAGGCAAGUCCUCCCUGACCAACUGCCUCUUCAGAAUCCUAGAGGCUGCGGGCGGCCAGAUCACCAUCGACGGGCUGGACAUCGCGUCCAUCGGGCUCCACGACCUCCGGGAGAAGCUGACCAUCAUCCCUCAGGACCCCGUCCUGUUCUCUGGGAGCCUGAGGAUGAAUCUCGACCCUUUCAACCACUACUCGGAUGAGGAGCUGUGGAAGGCCUUGGAGCUGGCCCACCUCAAAGCCUUUGUGUCUGGCCUGCCGCUGGGGUUGUCCCACGAAGUGACAGAGGCCGGCGACAACCUGAGCAUCGGGCAGAGGCAGCUGCUGUGCCUGGCCAGGGCUCUGCUGCGGAAAUCCAAGAUCCUGAUCAUGGACGAGGCCACGGCGGCCGUGGAUCUCGAGACGGACCACCUCAUCCAGACCACCAUCCGGAGCGAGUUUGCCCACUGCACGGUGCUCACCAUCGCCCACCGGCUGCACACCAUCAUGGACAGCGACAGAGUGAUGGUCCUGGACAAAGGGCAGAUCGUGGAGUUCGGCAGUCCGGAAGAGCUGCUGCAGAACGACGGGCCCUUCCACUCGAUGGCCAAGGAAGCCGGAGUCGACAACACGAACAGCACCAGCACCAGCCUGUGACCGCAGGGGCCCCGGCUCGGGCGAGAGGAUGCUGGGGGUCAUUCUUUCAUGAACUCGAGGGUGCCUAGGAAAGGAUCCUUUCCCCGGAAGCACCCAGCCGGGACACCAAGUGCUAUGACCCCGGCUCAGAAAACGAGUAUUCCCAGGGACCUCAGCCUUCCCCCGCCCCGUGGGCCCCCUUUGCUCUCCCGCCGUUUGCUGUGAGGAUGCCUCCCCGUCCUGCUCACUCGAGGGUCCCUCCCU